UUCGUAAAUGCACAGACAGAAGAGAACAGACGUUAGCUAGCUCCAAACAAACGGUAUAGUCUAAAAAUGAGCAAACUUUUAUAUCUGGCCCUAUUGGUCAUCCUGGUAUCGAAUUGCCUUGGAGACUUGAGGUUUUCGGCUUUCAACAUUCAGACUUUUGGUGUUUCAAAAAUGGACAAACCAGAAGUUGUCGAUACUCUGGUUGACAUUAUUUUAAGGUAUGAUCUUGUACUUAUCCAAGAGAUUCGAGACAGCAGUGGUAAAAGCAUUAUUGAACUUUUAAACGAAGUAAAUGAACAUUCUUCGUGCGAUCCGUAUGCUCUCGAAAUUGGUGCCAGGGCUGGACGAUCCUCGUACAAGGAACAGUAUGCAUUCAUAUACAAGCGUAGCAAGCUCAGUGUCAGCGACAAAUACGAGUACGACGACGGUCCAGAGGGCUAUACACCAGCCAUCGAUGAGUUUAUUCGUGAGCCGUUUGUGGUGCGAUUCAGUUCACCGGAAACCUGCGUAAAGGACUUUGCCGUCGUACCUAUUCACACUUCACCUGACUUUGCAGAAGCAGAAGUUGAUAGCCUAACUGAUGUAUACGAUGAUGUAGUCGCAAAAUGGGGCAUUGAGGACGUCAUAAUUGCAGGGGACUUUAACGCCGAUUGUUCCUACAUCACGUCCUCCGAAUGGGAUUCCAUUCGCUUACGUACUCAAACAAGGUUUGAUUGGUUGAUUGGGGAUGAUGUAGAUACAACAGUAUCGUCAACAGAUUGUGCUUACGACAGAUUUGUUAUUGCUGGUUCUAAUAUGAAGGCCAGCUAUACACGUAGAUCUGCUGGAACAUUCAACUUCGACACAUUCUAUGGACUCAGCGAAUCCGAGGCAAAAGCUGUCAGUGAUCAUUACCCAAUUGAGAUGACGUUGAAAAGUUCCUGCUAAACCUCUAAAAUGCACCCAAACCAGCUUACUGACGAAAACCUUAGAACACAACUCAACGUAACUUAAAGCGUUUCGAAGUACAUAACUAAUUUAAUUUACUUUUAAAUCUUAUCAGUUUGAUUAGUAUAGACCCACAGAAAACCGCUUUUAAUUACUUACCUAGAUGUUGUUUUUUAGGAAGGUAAAUAAAAUCACAAUAAAUGAUUUGUUGUGUAUCGAGACAGCCUAACUGUUUGUUUUAAGCAAAAUACUGAGAUUUAGUUUGUGUAAAGCAUCGUGUGUGUAUGUUUGUCUUGAUUGCCACCUACAAGUAGGACAGUGAUAUAUUCGCUAUUGACAAUCCUUGGCACAUGCAUUGUGUGCCUAAAUAAAUAAUAAAAAUGAAUAAAAUAAAAUAAGGUAAAAUGAAUGUAACUAAAAAUUUGUUUUAAUUGUUUACCAUUUAGUAGCGUUUUGAAAUGUUACUAGACAAACACAAGAAUGAAUCCUUAAUGACCUUUGUCCCAACCCUGAACACCAUAAAGCCUUGGUUCUUAGUAGGCGGCCCACAGGCCAAUUUGUACUUACAUGUAUAGACAGCUAAUGAACCAAAGAACAGUGUUUAUAAAAAUACAUUUCGAUUGUCCUGCAAAUAA